AUGAAAACAUGUACCUAAUAAACUUAGAACAAAUACUUACGUUUCUCGUUCCGCUCAGAAUCUAAUAUUGUGCAACUAUUUAUGUUUUGUAUUAAGGUGAAAACAAAUAUCAAUAUGGUGGACAGAGGUUGUGGGAAUCCAUUGGUUAUAGUGUGUUAGCCAUCGCUUCUGGUGUAUGUGUAGACUGGUAUAGCAAAGAACAAGAGUUCAAAAAUUAUACACCUUGUUUUGUAAUUGCAUUGAUGGUUCAUUUUGGAUAUAUUUGUGGUGUUGAACAUUGAGGUAAUUUUUUCAAAUUAAAUUUUGUUCUAACAAACCGUUUGUAGUGUGUCAAUAAUCAUGCAUAGUCUUAGUUUACAGGUUGUACAAGAAAGCUCGUACACCAAUAAGGUGUCGUCCGAUGUCAAAAAAUUGCUAACUGAAUUCAGAAUUUUAGCCUUUAUCGUUUGGGUUGUGUUGUUUGGAUUUUUCGUAUCGUUCUUAUGGAACUUUUUACUCUGGUACCUGGAAGACUUGUCGACUUUUUAUCAUCCUGAAACAUAAUCUUGGAUGAAGACGCUUCAAGGACUAGCUAUACUAAUCCAAUGUUUCGGUGGCGAGGUUCCUUCAUUCUUUCUUUCAGGUUAUAUACUGAAACGUUUAGGUCACAUGAACGUGUUUUCCAUAAUGUUCUUUGUGUACGCGUUGAUAUUUUUCCUAUUUUCAAUCAUCAAAAACCCCGUUUACGUUUUACCAGCGGAGAUACUCAGCGGCGUAGCGUUUGCACUCUUCUAGUUCGAGCCCUUAGAGCCGAAGGAACGUUUCAAGGAUUCGUCGGGACAGUUUUGACGGGAAUAGGAACGCCCGUUGGUGGCUACAUGUUCAAAAUUAUCGGAAGCAUUUCAUCUUUCAAAUUAUUAAGUAUGCUUGUGCUAAUCACGUGUAUCGUACAAAUCAUUGUUAAUCAGAUGAUAAAUAGUUUUUCGAAAAAUAGAAAUAUCAAAACAACUUCUCACACAGGUCAACCAGAAGUUGUCGUUGAUUUUAAGUUAUAGUUUAUAAUUAUAUGUUUAUAGUGUUUAGGUACUAAAAUAUUUGAACAAAGCCAAUUUUUAUAUAUUUUUUUACUUUUCAUGCGCCUGUUGAAUGUUUGUAAUGUAAUGUAUUUUGUAUAUUGUAUUAUAAGAAAAAAAUCUAUUAAAACGAAAGUUGGAUGUACGGAACCAAUUUUUAAGAAUAGCUACAAUGUACAUAAUAUUAUAUUUUAUACUGAUAUUGUUUUGCCUAGUAUUUGUUAUACACAACCUGAGUGAUGUAAAAUCGAAAUAUUUUUAUAUUAUGGUAAAAUAUAAAUUAACAUCUAACUAGGAAAUAUAGUGACUAUAGAAGACAAUCAAUAUUAUGUAAUAUUUUUUAGACAUUUUCACAUUGA